AUGGUAUUGAUUUUGAUCCCUAAAGGGUUUUCCUUUACAUUACACCCCUGUAGUGGGGACAAGGGUUGUCCCUAUUGCAUGGAUUUAGGCCUUCCUUAUGGAUGGUGAAGGAGGAAUAAUGUUACCACAACACAGACCUGAGACAAUAUAGAAAAUAUCGUUUCGUUUGAAAUGGACUUGGAGGCACAGGCAUUCCGAAUUAACUAGAUGAAGAAUUUAUUUUAUACUUUUCUUACAGCAAUUUUGAUCGUGGUACAGUUCAGUUUUAAAAAGGCAGACUUAACAGAUGAUCCUCUAUUAUUUAUCGCCAACCCUGUCGAAGCGAAUCUGCCUGGUCAUUGGAUACCUCAAAGCAUUCUUAAAGUUAUCUUGGAAAAUACAAGUACAACGAGGUUAAAAUUGACGUGGCAAUCAUCGCCGAAACGAGUAUCUAUAUCAACUAGACCUCCACUGCCAGAUAUAACUACAACCACUCCAACGACAACACCGGUACCAGAAAUUACUACCACAGAAGCAACACCGGUACCGGAGCCGCCAACUACAAUAGAAACAUCAACAGAUGCACCAACAAAAGCUGCCGAAACGCCAACGACAACUGCUGAAACGCCAACAACGACUGCUGAAACGCCAACGGAGUCAACAACAGAAUCGACUACAACAACAACAGAAACGACCACUACAACUACAACAACAACAACUGCGGUACCGGAGACUCCAACGACACGAAAAAGAAAGAAACCGAGUGAUACUCACGAUAAUAUACAAUAGUAUGUUAGUUCAGUUCAGUAUGUUAGAUCUCAUUUCUAUAUACAUAAGCAUGUCAUAUACAAAACUGUAAAAUAUCUUCAUUUGAUUUUAAUGACUUGUUGUGCUGCUGCGUGUACUUGAAAUAGAAACAUUGUUUGUCAAUUAAUAUUUUACACGUUUUAUGUUACAAUAAAAUAA